AUGCGCGAUAAUAACAUUCAAUCUCCUUUGUUGGCUGUCCAAAAGCUUGCGGCAUCGCUUAACGCUCGAGCAGUAAGUCAUCUUGAUGAAGUUUCGCCUGCUGGAGUAGCAGCGUUGACGGGAUCCCGAACAGCCGCGGUCCUCCUACCCACCACAACUCUUCUUCUGCGUCAUCUGCCUCCACCUGCAAUUGCCAUUGCUCAGGCCGGAGUUCCUAUCGCCCUUGGGACUGAUUUCCGUGCAAAUCUCUUCUGCACUUCCAUGCCCAUCGUGAUGUAUCUCGCCUGCACGACCCUGGGUUUGACCUUGGAACAGGCCUUCAUCGCAGCAACGAUCAAUGCAGCCUACAGUAUCGAUCUUUCUCAUCGGGUAGGAGCUAUUACUGAAGGUCGACAAGGAGACUUUGUCGUAAUUAAUACAACGAGAUGGGAAAAUAUCAUUUUUCGACUGGGAGAAUCACAGGACCUAAUUGAAUAUGUUAUCAAGAAGGGCCGAAUAAUUUACUCUAAGGAGACGGGACGUGUGACGUUUUGA